UUCUCGGAAGCAAAUCCUUCGACCAAAAUUUCACAAUCCCACGGUGUUUCUCGACAGUUUCGCUUCCAGAAAACGUGCAGAAGAAGAUAGCUGCGACCGAAUAGGUGGUCGAUUCAUUACCUCAGGUUUCUCCGAGAGCUGUGUCGAUUUUGAAGACACAGUAAACUUAGACAUGGAUUCGUCUUUGACGUUAAUGGCGCUAAUGACUAACUUGUGUUUUCCGUGUCGGAGAGGUACGUAAUAGAUGAUCUAAAACAGAGAGAAGAGAGAAAAAGCAAAAAUUAGGUUUUGUGAUUUAGGGUUAAAUUGUCUGAAUGGGAAACACAUGCGUGGGUCCGAAUCUAAACGCUAAUGGAUUCUUACAAUCCGUUAGUGCUGCUGUGUGGAGGAAUCAGAAACCAGACGAUAGCCUUAAGAGCAGCAAGGACGAGAGCAGUCGAAAAACAAACGAUAAGAGCGUUAAUGGGGGCGACGAGAGUAAUCAAAAUAGAGGUGCAGCCGUGGAUUCAGCACCAGCCACGUUGCCAACCCCUAGCACGCCACCACCACCGGUGAAAAUGGCAAACGAAGAAGCACCACCAAAACCUAUCCCACCAGAGAACAAAGCUGUCGAAGAAGAUAAGAAUUCGAAACCGCAGAAGAAAGAAGCGCACAUGAAACGUAUGGCAAGCGCAGGUCUACAAAUAGAAUCAGUUCUUGGGAGAAAAACAGAGAACCUCAAAGAUAUUUAUAGUGUUGGGAGAAAAUUAGGUCAAGGACAAUUUGGAACAACGUUUCUUUGCGUGGAUAAGAAGACAGGUAAAGAGCUCGCUUGCAAAACGAUAGCCAAGAGGAAACUAACGACGCCUGAGGAUGUUGAAGAUGUGAGAAGAGAGAUUCAGAUAAUGCAUCAUUUGUCUGGUCAUCCAAACGUGAUUCAGAUCGUUGGUGCGUAUGAGGAUGCAGUAGCUGUUCAUGUUGUGAUGGAGAUAUGUGCAGGUGGAGAGUUAUUUGAUAGGAUUAUACAGAGAGGUCACUAUACGGAAAGAAAAGCUGCUGAGCUUGCUAGGAUCAUUGUUGGUGUUAUAGAAGCUUGUCAUUCUCUUGGUGUGAUGCACCGUGAUCUUAAGCCUGAGAACUUCUUGUUUGUUAGUGGAGAUGAAGAAGCUGCUCUCAAGACUAUUGAUUUUGGUCUCUCUGUUUUCUUUAAACCAGGAGAAACAUUCACUGAUGUAGUUGGGAGCCCUUAUUAUGUGGCUCCGGAAGUUUUAAGGAAGCAUUAUAGUCAUGAAUGUGAUGUUUGGAGUGCUGGAGUUAUUAUAUACAUCUUACUAAGCGGUGUUCCUCCGUUUUGGGAUGAAACGGAACAAGGCAUCUUCGAGCAGGUUUUGAAAGGUGAUCUUGACUUUAUAUCAGAACCAUGGCCUAGUGUAUCCGAAAGCGCAAAAGAUUUGGUACGGCGGAUGCUUAUCAGAGAUCCUAAGAAACGAAUGACAGCUCAUGAAGUUCUAUGUCAUCCUUGGGCACGAGUGGACGGUGUUGCUCUCGAUAAACCUCUUGAUUCUGCUGUCCUAAGUCGUUUGAAACAGUUUUCAGCCAUGAACAAGCUCAAGAAAAUUGCUAUCAAGGUAAUAGCAGACAGCUUGUCAGAGGAAGAGAUAGCAGGAUUGAAAGAAAUGUUUAAGAUGAUAGAUACAGAUAAUAGCGGACACAUCACUCUGGAAGAACUCAAAAAAGGUUUGGACAGAGUUGGUGCUAACCUUAAAGAUUCAGAAAUAUUAGGAUUAAUGCAAGCAGCUGAUAUAGAUAACAGUGGGACUAUAGACUAUGGAGAGUUUAUAGCAGCGAUGGUGCAUUUAAACAAAAUAGAGAAAGAAGACCAUUUGUUCACAGCUUUCUCUUACUUUGACCAAGAUGGAAGUGGUUAUAUAACCAGAGACGAGCUCCAACAAGCUUGCAAGCAAUUUGGCUUAGCGGACGUUCAUUUAGACGAUAUUUUACGCGAAGUUGAUAAGGACAACGAUGGAAGAAUAGAUUACAGCGAGUUCGUGGACAUGAUGCAAGACACUGGUUUUGGAAAAAUGGGGUUAAAGGUGAGUUGAAGAAACAAAAAAAUGACCCCAAAUUCCACCACUCUUUUUUUGUUUUCUAAAGCACAAUUAUUCUUUUGUGGAUACAUAUGUGUCUGGAUAGCUUGCAUUAGUUUUCUUCGAGCAGGUUGUAUCCACAUGUAU